GGAACAUGACAGUUGGUGCUGAAGGCUGAGCCCGUGACUCACCACCACCCCCAUGCUCGUGAUGGGGAGGAGACACUGACACUCUCACGUGCAGCCCCCAGCACAUGUGACUACAUGCCUUGCACACACAGUUGGCACGUGGCAGCUCAGACUACACCAAGCCUAGCAUGGUGAGCUCUGACUCUGUGGGGCAUGCCCAACAUGUGCCACGUCUGACCCUAAAUUAGAAGCACUGAUUUUGUUAUACCCCUUCAUCCUCUGGGGUUAACACCUACAGUCUCCUUAACUCUGCUCCCACCGAGCUUCUGGCCAGUACUUCAUGCCUGCCUCUAGGUCUUUGCUGAUCCAGGUACCUUACCAUCUACCCUCUUUCGUCACAAUCCAUCCCAAAAGUCCCAGCCCAGCACUACCACCAGAAUGUCUGACCAGGCCUCAGCUUCCUCUGCAGGGACAGGGUCUCGCCAGCUCAAAUUAAGUUGGGAUGUCCAACCAGGUUUACAGAAGGAGCCUGGAGAGCUAAGCUGGAACCUCAGGAGGGAAAAGGAGGCCUCAACAGGAACAAAACGUGACCCGAGAGUACAGAACCUACCCAAAGGUAGAGCCUGGUUUGCACUUUGGCUCCUACACAGGUGACUUCACACCAAGGGCAAACCCAGACUCCAUUAGAGAGCAGCCAGGCCCUGACCUUAGAACUCACCGAUUCCCACCAACUGCUUUAUUCACCUUUAUCUUUUAUUUUUAAAAUCUGCAGCCCUGCUGCCUCCCCUCAUCCUUCCCCCACCCCCAUCCUUUGCUUUGCCCUGAAGUCAACCAUUUGCCCUAUGACCACAAACAACCUAGCCGCUAGGGAAUUGAGUAUGGACCUAGAGAGGGAAUUCUCUCCGGGGGUCGAAUGAUGGCCCCAGUUUCUUAGUACCUCAGGUAAUUGUUGUUCCCUAAGAGGGUUGAUCAGAUAAUUAAAUAAUGCAUGAAAAGCACUGGGCAGAACCCCUAGUGUCACCUAACACACUCAGAUGUCAGCUAAAUUAGGUACCUUGAGAUCCUAAUAAACAUAAAAUACUAAAAAUAAUUCCUCGAGCCAGGCGUAGUGGUGCACAUCUUUAAUCCCAGCAGGCAGAAGCAGGUGGAUCUCUUGAGGCCAGCCUGGUUUACGUAGAGUUCCCGGGAAGCCAGGAUUACAUAGAGACCCUAUCUCAAAAAAUAAUACUGUCUAUAUAGCAGUGUUUACUUAGGGCUUCACAGCCCAGGGACAAAGACUGCCAUUCUUUGUCCCAGGAAAAAAACUGAGACACAGUGGAGUUGUUAAGCCCAAAGUCACAGGAAGUCCAGGGCCAGCAUUCAGGCCAAGCAGCCUAGUUUCAACACGUGGGCCUGCUGUUAGGGAGUCUAGUGAGAAGUUAGGACACCCAGUCAGAUCCCACUAGAAGAGCACACAAAAGGUGACAAGGGAAUAGUCAGACCUGUAUCUGGUUCUGUGUUCAAUCGCCCAGGUUUUUGGCUUCAGAUGGGGAAAUGACCCAACUCCAAGACUCUUUUUCUCAUCUGAGAAAUGAGGGACAGAGUUUAUCAAGUGCACCUCUGAUGGCUCCCCUGACCUUGGAUUCAAGGAGGAGCUUCCAGAAAACUUUGGUGUCCAAAUCUGGAGUCCAAAUAUAGACACUGAACGUCUUCUCAGUCACUUUCCACCUAUUUUUAUUCUUUCUAGAUGUGUGUGUCUGUGUGUGUGUGCACAUGCAAGCACACACAGUUUUCAAGAGGCGGGACAAAGCAGUAGGCGCCAUCUUGGAGGCGCCCAGCAAGCACUGGUGCAGGGUUUUGGGCAAAGUGGGGGAUAUUGAGGCACACAAUGCUCUGAAGGCCUGAGAAUUGCAGCCCAAGAACCCCCGAGGGCCGGUGGCAGAAAAUUAAACACCACUUGGCAGUCAGAUCGAGUGAAAGGGGGAAAACAAGGCUAAAGACUUUUAAUUAAGGCGGGGAUUAAAGAGGGGAAAAAUAAGGAAGGGUGGGAUGGAAAGGAAAUGUUAAGAGAGGAAGUCUAGGGGAAGAGGAAAACCUGGAGGGUUUUUUGUUUUUUAUUUAUUUUUUCAUUUUUCUUUAUUAAGAAAUUUUCUCACUCCACAUACCACCCACAGAUCCCCUCCUCCCUCCUCCCACCCCCCCAGCCCUCUCUCCUAAGCCACCCCACAUCCCCCAAAUCAAGGUCUCCCAUGGGGAGUCAGCAGAGCCUAGCACACUGAGCCUAGGCAGGUCCAAGCCCCUUUCCCACUGCACCAAGGCUGUGCAUGGGGUCACACCACAGGCACCAGAUUCCCAAAAGCCUGCCCAUGCACCAGGGACAGAUCCCGAUCCCCCUGCCUGGGUGCCCCCCCAAAUAGUUUGAGCCAAACAACCGUCUUCCGUAUCCAGAGGGCCUAGUCCAGUCCUGUGGGGGCUCCACAGCCAGCAGUCCACAGUUCAUGGGCUUCCACUAGUGUGGCCAGUCAUCUCUGCACGUCCUCCCAUCAUGAUCUCGACAUCACCCGUCUGCAGUAUCUCUCCUCUCUCUCAUGGAUUGGAUUCCCGGAGCUCAGCCUAGUGCCUGGCCGUGGAUCUCUGCAUCUGCCUCCAUCAGUCACUGGACAAAGGCUCUAUGAUGACAGCCCAGGGCCUUGUUGCUGCCAUGACUGAGGAGAGUGAGGAGACAUUCUUGUAUAUUGAGCAUCGCUAUGUCUGCUCUGAGUGCAACCAGCUCUAUGGCUCCUUGGAGGAGGUGCUUGUGCACCAGAACUCUCAUGUGCCCCAGCAGCACUUUGAGCUGGUGGGCGUGGCUGACCCUGGAAUCACGGUGGCCACAGAUGCAGCAUCAGGUACAGGCCUAUAUCAGACCCUCAUACAGGAGAGCCAGUACCAGUGUCUUGAGUGUGGGCAGCUGCUUCUGUCGCCUAGCCAGCUCCUGGAGCACCAGGAGCUGCACCUGAAGAUGAUGGCCCCCCAGGAGGCAGUGCCAGCUGAGCCACCACCCAAGGUGCCCCCCUUAAACUCCAGCACCAUUCAUUACGAGUGUGUGGAUUGUAAGGCUCUCUUUGCCAGCCAAGAACUGUGGCUGAACCAUCGGCAGAUGCAUCUCAGGGCCACGCCCACCAAGGCUCCUGCCCCAGUUGUCUUGGGGUCCCCAGUUGUCUUAGGCCCGCCUGUGAGCCAGGCCCGAGUGGCUGUGGACCAUUCAUACCGAAAAGCAGAAGAAGGUGGAGAAGGGGCUGCUGUCCCGUCUGCAGCUGCUGCCACUACUGAGAUGGUGACAGAGGUGGAGCUGCUCCUCUACAAGUGCUCUGAGUGCUCUCAGCUCUUCCAGCUGCCGGCCGACUUUCUGGAGCACCAGGCCACCCACUUCCCUGCUGUCCCAGAGGCUGAGGAGCCUGCUACAAAGCAGGAAACCCUGAUCCCCUCACCCACUGAGGUGCCAGUGUCUCUGCCUGAGCCCCUGCCAGCCUCUGACCAUAGUUACGAGCUGCGCAAUGGGGAGGCCAUUGGACGGGAUCGCCGCGGGCGGAAGCCCCGGAGGAACAACAAUGGAGAGCCCGGUGGGUCAGCCACCCAGGAACUCUUCUGCUCAGCCUGUGAUCAGCUCUUUCUCUCGCCCCACCAGCUACAGCAGCACUUUCGGAGUCACCAGGAGGGUGUCUUUAAGUGUCCCCUGUGCAGUCGUGUCUUCCCCAGCCCUUCUGGUCUGGAUCAGCACCUUGGUGACCACAGCAGUGAAUCUCAUUUCCUAUGUGUAGACUGUGGCCUGGCCUACGGCACAGAAGCCCUUCUCUUGGCCCACCGGCGAGCCCAUACUCCAAAUCCUCUGCAUUCGUGUCCCUGUGGGAAGACCUUUGUCAACCUUACCAAGUUCCUUUAUCACCGGCGUACCCAUGGGGCAGGAGGUAUCCCUUUGCCCCCAGCACCAGUUCUGCCAGAGGAGCCUGCUGUUAGCUUUCCUGAGCCAGCCCCUGCAGAGACUAGAGAGCCAGAGGCCCCAGAGCUCCCCACAACUGAGGAGAAUCCAGCAGAGCCUCCGGCUCCGGGCAUUUACCGCUGCCUCCUGUGUAGCCGUGAGUUUGUCAAGGCAUUACAGCUGACCCGGCACCAGCGUUUUGUGCACAGGCUGGAACGGCGCCAUAAAUGCAGCAUUUGUGGCAAGAUGUUCAAGAAGAAGUCUCAUGUGCGGAACCAUCUGCGCACACAUACCGGGGAACGUCCCUUCUCCUGCCCUGACUGUUCCAAGCCCUUCAACUCACCUGCCAACCUGGCCCGCCACCGGCUCACACACACAGGGGAACGACCCUACCGGUGUGGGGACUGUGGCAAGGCUUUCACUCAGAGCUCCACUCUGAGGCAGCAUCGCCUGGUGCAUGCCCAGCAUUUCCCCUACCGCUGCCAGGAGUGUGGACUGCGUUUUCACCGCCCUUAUCGUCUGCUCAUGCACCGCUACCACCACACAGGCGAGUACCCCUACAAGUGUCGAGAGUGCCCCCGCUCCUUCUUGCUGCGCCGGCUGCUAGAGGUGCACCAGCUUGUGGUCCAUGCUGGGCGCCAGCCCCACCACUGCCCAUCCUGUGGGGCUGCCUUCCCCUCCUCGCUGCGGCUUUAUGAGCAUCGCUGUGCAGCCGCCGCUGCCCAGGCCCCACGGCGCUUUGAGUGUGGGACCUGUGGCAAGAAAGUGGGCUCUGCUGCUCGACUGCAGGCCCAUGAAGCUGCCCACGCUGCUGCCGGUCCUGGAGAAGUCUUGGCUAAGGAGCCCCCGGCUCCCAGGGCCUCACGGGCCACUCGCACACCGGUCACUCCCUCCCCAACAGCCCUUAGUGGUGCAACCUCUGCUGCCCCUGCAGCCCCUGCCCGGCGGCGUGGCCUGGAAUGCAGUGAGUGCAAGAAGCUGUUCAGCACAGAGACAUCACUGCAGGUGCACCGACGGAUCCACACAGGUGAGCGGCCGUACCCAUGUCCAGACUGUGGCAAGGCCUUCCGCCAGAGUACCCAUCUGAAAGACCACCGGCGCCUACACACAGGUGAGCGGCCCUUUGCCUGUGAAGUGUGUGGCAAGGCUUUUGCCAUCUCCAUGCGCCUGGCAGAACAUCGCCGCAUUCACACGGGUGAACGGCCCUACUCCUGCCCUGAUUGUGGCAAGAGCUACCGCUCCUUCUCCAACCUCUGGAAGCACCGCAAGACUCACCAGCAGCAGCAUCAGGCGGCAGUGCGGCAGCAGCUGGCAGAGGCCGAGGCCGCCGUGGGCCUGGCCGUGAUGGAAACGGCAGUGGAGGCCCUGCCCCUUGUGGAGGCCAUUGAGAUCUACCCUUUAGCAGAGGCUGAGGGGGUCCAGAUCAGCGGCUGACUGGCCCCCAUUUUCCUCAGUAUCACCAACCCUUGAUGCUGAACACCUCAGACAGCCCCUUAAAACCUGUGUACAUAUUGUACCCCUCUCCUCUCUCCAUAUAAGUUCUGUAACUAAAUUUAUUCUCUUUUCUGAGGGUGUUGCUCUGAGGUCCUUGAUACAUAAAGGACCCCUCCCCCUCUCCCCACCUUCCACCAGUUUGGUGGUCUCAAAAUGAAGCAGUCAAUAAAGACUGAGUUGGACAUUUA